GUGUUGAAUGUAGUGGAUCACUUAUCUCUCGUCGCCAUGUCCUCACUGCUGCACAUUGCAUAGUAAAAACUGAUGAAUCCACGAAAGGUCCAAGUGAAUGCGAAAAAAGGAAGAAGAGAAAAAAGAAAUUGAAUGGAAAAAUUGAAAAUUGGAGUAUGUUCAUCGGUACACGAUGCGCUGAUCCUCGAAAAUGCAAAAGUUGGUGGCUGAAGAUAAGUAAGGCGUACUUCCAUGAGGACUUUAACCAGUGCCGUGGAACCAACGAUAUAGCAAUAUUAGAACAUGACGAAAAUAUCCCCAAUUUUAUGGCAACACCGAUCUGUUUGCCGCAAAAGAAUACUAGGGUGAAGCACAACAUAAAAGCAGCAGGAGCCGGCAUGACAGGACCAGACUACGAGAACCCGGAUUAUAGACCGAAAGGGCAACAGUUUAUAGAAGACAUCGUUGCAGUGAAGCACAGAAACAAAAGCAUUAUAGUGAAGACCCCUCUUGGAAUAGGACUCUGUGCUGAGCUUUCGCGUU